AUGAAUCUAAUAAUUAUCUAUUUGAUCUUUAUAUUACACAAUGUAUUAUCAGAAGAGAUCCAACUACCUACAGAAUUAAAUACCGAGGAAUUUGAUAAAAUUUCAUCUUCUAAAUUAUUAUUCGUUGAAUUUUAUUCACCAUAUUGUCAUCAUUGUAAAGAAUUUUUUCCAACAUGGAAGAAAACAUAUCAACAAUUUAAACUGAAUUAUCCUGAUAUAGACAUUGAAAUGAGACAAGUUAAUUGUGUCGAGAAUGGUGAUUUAUGUGACAGGGAAAAUAUAGCAUUUUAUCCGAAUUUACAACUAUAUGCUCCAAAAAUCGAUAAGGAAGGGAAGGUUAUAGGUUCGUCCAAUGUUGAUUCAUUCCCUAGAAAUUUAGAGAGAAAUCCGGAUAAUAUUAUUAAAUAUUUAAAAUCAUCUUAUUCUGAAUUUGAUAAGAGUGGAAUAAUGCAAAGUAGCUCAAAGUUAAUUGACAAAAAUGAGAUUAUGAAUGUUAUUGCUGGUGAAAUUGAUAUUCCUCAUUUUAUUACAUUUUUCCCUACUAUUCAAUCACAAUUUGAUAAUGAUAAAUAUAGAUAUGUAAAUUGUUUGGAUUGUGUAAUUGGAAAACAAACAUGGGAUAGAUUAUCAAAUAAAAUAUUAUCAAUAAUUCAAACUGGUCAUUUUAUGUGUACUGAAAACCCAACUAUCUGUGAGAAGUUAGAAAUUGAUGUAAAACAUAAACCAGCUUUCAUAAUGUUCUUACCUAAAUCAGUUGGAUUUAUUAGAAUAGAUUAUACAGAUCAAAUUAACUUGGAGAAAAUGAAAAAUUGGGCUACUAAAUUAUAUGAAAAUACAAGAUAUGAAGUUGUAUCAGCUAGAGGUAUAACUGAAAUCAUGGAAUAUACAAAAACAUUACCACAUGAACCUAUCCCACAAAAUUAUCCAUUAAAAUCUAAAAUCACCAUAAUAUAUUAUUAUGAUGUAGAUGCAAUUUCAAAAGAAGAUGAAGAUAUCCUACCUUAUAUUGUUAAAAUAUUACAAAAAUCUCCAUUUAAUAUCCAAUUAGUCAAGGCAAAACAUGCGAAAAUUGAACAAAAUUUAGAUAUAAUGAGUCAAGAAUUAAUCAAAUAUAUAAAUUAUGAUCCAAAUAAUCAAUAUGAAUUUGAUAAAAACUUAGAUGUAGCUUUAAAAAUAACAUCAAAACCAACUUUAUUGGUCUUUAAAGAUAAUUCAUUAAUUGCUGAUGUUUAUCAAAGUUAUGCACCGGAAGAUAUUAGAUCACCCGAUAAGAUUGAAUCAUUUAUAAAUGGACAAUUUCCACUAUAUGGAGAAUUACUAAAUGAAUUAAUACCAUAUUACUUCAAUGGUGAGAGGAAGAUAGUAGUUAUAUUUAUAGACACAACUGAUCUUAAGAAAUCAGAUGAAGAAUUGUUCAAGUUAUCUUUAUCUGCUCAUGAGUAUUACUAUCUUCAAAAGAAACAUAAUUUUAAUGACAUACAAAAAUUGAGAGAGAAGAAACAGGAAAAAGUAAAUAAAUUAAAAGAAACGGGUGCUGAAGAUUCAAAAAUUAUACAAGCUUCGAGAAAAUACGUACCUCAUCAUUGGAAUGCUAACGAAGUAUUAUUCACAUUUAUAGAUAAAUCAAACACAAAAAUAAAAAGGAUAAACCCUGAUGAUUAUGAAGUUGGUGAUGCUAUCGUGCUUGAUAAUACAUACUUAUGGAAGACAAAUUUAGAAGGAAGUAAAUUAAAGAAUGAUCCAAGAGAAUUAAGAGAUUUAUUAAAAGCAUUCUUAGAUAGAAAACCAGGUAUUACUUUUCAUUUACAAAAUAGUCCAUAUUUUGGAAUACUUCGUUUUAUGGAUUUUAUUCACCAGUAUGGAUUUUUUGGAUAUUUAGUAACAAUAAUAACCAUUUAUAUAUUAACAUCAGUCUUAUUAAAAUUGAGAAGGAAAAGAAGAAGAAGAACAGAUGGAAUUAUUAACUCUUUCAUACCUAAAAAAGACUAG